AUGCGCAGGCUCGUCGGCCGAAGCGACUCCUGCUUCAACUUUGGCGAAGACAUGACAGGCACGGACUGCUAUCAAUACCAGUGGGAUCCCAAGCACCCACAGAUCCCAGCCGGCCCCGAUGGAUGCACCGAUGACUUUGUGCCGUCGUUCGCCUCGUACUACGAUCGCUUGCGCAGGGGUACUAAGUGCUACUUCUACAGUCAAAAGGGUUGCGAUCAAAGUCCGCUAAGCAAUAACUGGUGUCCUUCCAACGUCGCGUUAUGA